AUGAUAUAUCUAUUAAAACGAAUUGAAUGUGCAUCACCCUUUCCGAAUAUGUAUUACACUGAUACAGAUAUGUUUACUGAAGUACAAGAUGGCUAUUGUCUUUAUUAUCAUACAUAUGCGAAAGUAACUAUUGAAUAUUCACUUCAACAUCAUUUACAUACGUAUUGUUUUCGAUCAAAUAAAUAUUUAAAAGAAAAUCUUACAACAAAUCGACCAUUUAUAUUAUUUAGUCAAUUACGUGAACAACAUGUUACAAGUGAACAAUUAUAUUCAUGGUCAACUCCGAUCGAUCUUGCUGAAAGAUAUGAAAUGUAUUUAUUGAAUAUUAGUCAAAAUAAUUCUCUAAUGGAUUCAAUACGUUUAUAUAAUUGUACUGAUCGAUACACAUUUGGUCCACUAUGUCAAUUUCAAACUGCCGUACUUCAGAACGCAUUCAUUGAUAUUGUUGGAGAAUCAAUGGAAAUACCUUUCGUAUCUCCAGAAGAUUUAAUUAUAUUUAGUGAAUACUCUCCUUGUUAUAUUAAUUUAGACUGUGAUUAUAUUUAUUCUUCACCAUUGUGCUUGACUUGGCGUGAUAUAUGCGAUGGAAAAGUACAUUGCCGUAACAAUGCAAUUGAUGAACAUCAUUGUUUCGAACUUGAAUUAAAUCAAUGUAAUGAAAAUGAAGAAUAUCGAUGUCACAAUGGACAAUGUAUUCCCUAUGAAUUUUUUCAUGAUAUUCCACAAUUUCCUGAUUGUCUUGACCGUUCGGAUGAAAUACUUGAUUAUUCAUCGAUAUGCUUUACGGAACCAUCGAUGCGCUGUGAAGAUCAUCAUUGUCGACUAGAUUCAGGCAAAGUAAAUUGUGGAGAUGGACAAUGUAAUGAUACUCAUUGUUCGAAUGGAUAUUUUGAUCGAUUAAAAACUUCGAUAAGAUCUCCUUCAAACGAUACAAAACUUCUUCCAGAUUGCUGGAAGGCGAUAGAGAAACUUGCAAGUAUUUACACAUCAUGGAUGGAUGACAUGAUGCUGAGUCUAAGUAUACAAAAUUCAUAUAUCAAUAAGAUUCGAAAGUUUUGUCCACCAUUGUUCGCUUAUCCGGCAUAUCCUAUUGCACUUGGUCAUGUUUAUUUUGUAUAUACUAGCAAUCAAUCUAAUAUAGAUAAAUAUAUGAAAUAUUUUCUUCCAACUUAUAUUUGUUACAAUGAAACAUUAUGUCCGGGUAUGGAAUUUUUGUCUCAAUUUCCUCGUCCAAUUUAUUUCUCGAUUGAUUCGCGAAAAAAUUCGGCUUGUCAUGAAUUAAAAUUCAUAUCAAUGAUUAAUGUAACGUAUCUUGAUGAAUGGAGUGAAUUACAAGAACUUAUAGAAAUUAUCUAUUCUAAUGCUUGUCCAAGUGUCAGUCAAACAUUCGAUAAUCUUGAUAAGGAUUGUUCAACGAAUUCACACUUAUAUCAAUGUGAAAAAUCUCGUAAAUGUAUUUCAAAAUUUCGUAUUCUUGAUGGUGUUAUGGAUUGUCCUUUGGAUGAUGAUGAAACAUAUGAAGAUACUUGUUCAUUAACAAAAACUCAUCAUCAAUAUCAAUGUAAGAUCAAUGGAGUAUUAAAAUGUGUCUCACCAAUGUUAUAUUUUAAGCCUCAAUUUAAAUGUACUAAAUCAAUUCCAAAUAUUGAUAAUGUUAAACCAAAUAAAUUCUCCAAAUUUCCAAAUAAUUCGUUGAUUUCAUUUCAAACUUUAUGUGAUGGAUUUGUUGAACGUGAUCCACUCUCGUAUGAAUAUGAGUAUGAAACUGAUGAAACUAAUUGUGAUUAUGAUAUCUGGCCAUGUAAUAAUACUUAUACAUAUUGCGAUGGAUUCUGGAAUUGUGAAAAUGGUUUCGAUGAAUUACAUUGUCCUUGGCAAUAUAAAUACGAUCCUGAGAAUGUUUUAUGUAAUGAAUUUCAACAUGUUUGUGUAUCUCCUGAUAAUUAUGAAUUGAUAUGCGUUGAUUUAUCGGAUAUCAAUGAUGGGCAUGUUGAUUGUUUAGGUGCGACUGAUGAAAGAUAUAUGUGUCGAAGGCCAGCUUCUCAAUACCUUUGUUUGGAUCAAAAUGCUUGUAUUACAGUAGAAGAAUUAUGCGACGGUAAAGUGGAUUGUUCUUCGAAAGAAGAUGAGGGAACUAUGUGUUCUAAAGCUGUUAACGCGGAUUCUUUAUCUGUCAGUUAUUUACCAUUAUGUAGCAGAUAUAUGCUCGAACGUAGUCCUAUAGCAAAUAUCGUAUGUUCUCUUGAUAAAACAGAUAAACCAACUGUUGUACAUUUUUCUUUGAAAAAUUUUGCGCCGUAUCCUAGAACGAUCUCUUUUAGUUCGAAAUCAUUUGUGACAUUAAAUGAACUAAGAACUAUGAACGAAAAUAAAGACGUGAUUCGAGCCUCACCAAUGUAUCGACGUUCAUGUCAUCGUGGUCUUCCUAUUUGGAUUCGUUCAGGUCUUCCAAUGGAUUUCAGUAGAGACGAAUGUUUAUGUCCUCCAGCAUAUUAUGGAUCUCGUUGUCAAUAUGAAAAUCAACGCAUUGCCCUAACAAUUCAGUUUCAAGUUGAUUCAGAAUGGCGUACAUUAUUUACAUUUUUUGUCUUAUUAAUUGAUAAUGAAAAUACAGUUCAUUCACAUGAAAAAUUAUCAUAUAUAUCAAUUCGAGAUUGUAAUGCAAAAUUUCAUAUUUAUCUUCUAUAUAAUUCACGACCAAAAAAUCAAACAAAGACAUACCAUAUUCGUAUACAUAGUUUUCUUGGACUGACAUCAGAAUAUCGAAUGAGUUGGUUAUAUCCAAUACAAUUUUCAUUUUUACCUGUUCAUCGUCUUAGUCUUCUAUUGAAAAUUCCACAAAUAUCAAAUAAAGACAAGAAAUGUUCAUUAAAUUGUGGAUUACAUGGUGAAUGUAUUCAAUAUGAGAAUCAUCCCAUAUCUGUCUGUCGUUGUCAUUCCGGAUGGCAUGGUAUUAACUGUGAUAUUCCAUACGAAUGUUCAUGUGCUGAUGAUUCUUUUUGUAUUGAAUCAUCUAAAAUCUGUCUAUGUCCAUUACAUAAGUUUGGUAGCCGAUGUUAUUUAAAACAAUCUAUAUGUCAACAAAAAUCGUCACCCUGUCUUCAUGGAGGUACUUGUAUUCCACAUGAUAUAAGAUUUAUUGGUUAUACUAAACCAUACACAUGUUUAUGUUCCGAGAAUUUCUUUGGUGAUCAAUGUCAACAUAAAAAAUCUUUAAUUGAAUUAUCUAUUCGAAACGAAAUGUCCGAUGUUUCCAAUAUUUUAUCAAUGCAUUACAUUAUUGUUGAUGAUAAACGCCAACAUGAAGUCUUUAGCACAGCUAUUAAAAUUCGCUUCGAUCGAUCAUCAAUUGAGAUAUAUACAUCACGAGCAUUUAAUAUAUUAAUUAUAGAAUUAACCAAUCAUUAUUAUUUAAUGUCCGUUCUACCAAAUGUUACGUAUUUCGAUCGUAUGAAAGUUUCAUUAACAACAUCUCAACGAUGUUUACAUAUCAAAGAAAUAUUUAGUCAAACAGUCAUUGAAUAUCAUCCAUUACGUCGGGCGAAAUAUUAUCAUUUAGCAUGUCGUGAAAAACGAAAUUUAAAAUGUUUUCAUGAUUCCGAUACAUUCAUGUGUUUAUGUACAAGUGAUCGUCAUGCUAAUUGUUUAAAUUUUAAUUUCACUACAAAACACUAUAAAUGUCGUAAUCGAAAUUAUUGUUUGAAUAAUGGACAAUGUUUUCAAGAUCAUAUUCAAUGUCCAGCGACAAGUGUUUGUUCAUGUAUCGGUUGUUUCUAUGGUACAUUAUGUCAAUUUUCUACUGAAGGUGUUCGUUUAUCAUUAGAUUCAAUUCUUGGGUAUCAUAUACGAACAACAGCUUCGAUCAUGAAUCAACCACAGAUAGUGAAAAUAAGUUUUGCUAUUGUUAUAGUCAUAUUUAUCUUGGGUGUAAUUGGCGGUGUUUGUUCAAUGAUAACGUUUGCUUUUACACCCAAUGCACGAGAUAAUGGUUGUGGUAUUUAUAUUUUAACAUUAUCAAUUAUUAAUCUAUUGAUAAUGCAUGUAUUUCUAAUCAAAUUUCUUCUGUUGUUUUUCACUCAAAAUGGUUCUAUGACACAAGUUUGGGUGUUACAAUUGAAUUGUAAGUUUAUUGAUUAUAUCGUUCGAAUUCUUGUUAACAUAGCGGAUUGGUUAAAUGCAUGUAUUGCAACUGACAGAACAAUGAUGAUAAUUUCGAAAACAAAAUUCAAUGCAAAAAGAAGUAAAAACAUAUCGAAAUGGAUAAUUCUCUUGGUUAUUAUCAUUAGUGCAACAACAGCAAUUCAAGAUCCAUUAAAUCGCUAUUUAUUGUAUGUUGAAGACGAUAAGAAAACUUGGUGUGUUAGUCAUUUUAAUUCUCGACCAAUGGUACAACGAGUGGAUUCGAUAUUACACGUGAUUCAUUACAUCAUUCCAUUUUCGAUUAAUAUUAUUUCAUCGAUUAUUAUUAUUGUAUUAACAUCUCGUGUUCGAUAUCUUCUCGUCGGUCGAACUAAACUCAAUGAGAAUCUACGAAAACAUAUGCGACAUUAUUCUCAUUUAAUCAUUUCUCCAUGUUUAUUGGUUUUAUUAGCAUUACCAAGAAUUUUGAUUGUUUUACGUAGUAGUUGCGUGAAAUCAUUGAGCAAUCCUCAUUUUCCUUUGUUUGGAUAUUUCAUAUCAUUUGUUUCACCUGCUUUAAUUUUUAUUAUUUAUGUCGUACCAUCGAUGAAGUAUAGAAAUAACUUCAAAGAUGUUAUUGGGAAAUUUAUGAAGAUUUGUUUAAGACGAUGA